CUUACGGCGGGCUGAAGACGCAUGCGCCGCAGUUGGCCCCAGUCUAGUUUCCACGGCUGGUGGCGGUGGCGGCGUCUACGUUUCCGUACGGGUGGCCGCGCGGCCCUGGGAUAGUCUGUAGAGGAUGCAAAAUGCAAGAAUCCCCCACUCAAGCCAAGCUCAGGAGCAAGACUGUUUACAAAGUCAGUGUGUCAGUGAUAAACAAGAAAUGACAAUCAAACGAGAAAAUGACGGCAAUGCAGAGGUGGAGGAAAGCCUCCCCUCUUGUUCCUCUGCCAGCGGACCAUCCACUUCUGCCGAGGGCUGUUCAUCAGAAGUUCUGAGGAGAGGGCCAGCCCUGCUGCACAUCGACAGACAUCAGAUACAGACGGUGGAGCUGAGUGCGCAGGCUCUUGAACUGCAGGGGUUGGGUGUGGAUGUGUAUGACCAGGAUGUGCUGGAACAGGGUGUGCUUCGGCAGGUGGACAGCGCCAUUCAUGAGGCCAGCCGUGCGGCCCAACUUGCUGAUGCAGAGAAAGAGUAUCGCUCAGUCCUGGAUGACCUCACGUCAUGUAGGACAUCCCUAAGGCAAAUCAAUAAAAUUAUUGAACAACUUAGCCCUCAAGCUGCCACCAACAGAGACGUCAACAGGAAACUAGAUUCUGUAAAACGACAGAAGUAUAAUAAGGAACAACAGUUAAAGAAGAUCACGGCAAAACAAAAACGUCUCCAGGCCAUCCUUGGAGGAGCAGAGGUACAAGUUGAAAUAGAUCAUGCUGGUCUGGAGGAAGAGGAUACAGAACCGGGGCCAUCCUGUCUCGGCAGCAUGCUCAUGCCUGUCCAGGAGGCUGCUUGGGAAGAGCUCAUCCGCACUGGCCAGAUGACACCUUUUGGAACCCAGAUCCCUCAGAAACAGGAGAAAAAGCCUAGAAAACUAAUGCUCGAUGAAGCAUCAGGCUUUGAAAAGUAUUUGGCAGAUCAAGCAAAAUUGUCUUUUGAAAGGAAGAAGCAAGCUUGUAAUAAAAGAGCAGCUAGGAAAACUGCGGCCUCGGGCACCUCUGAGCUGAGCGCAACACUCAGUGCAAACAAACCAAGUGAGCGAAGCAAAGUUCUCUCGAAAGCAGAUAAGCGCUUGAGAAAGCACAUCAAGAAGCUGCAGAAAAGGGCUCUUCAUUUCCAAGGGAAAGUGGGCUUGCCGAAAGGAAAGAAGCCUUUGGAGUCUGAUAUGAGGCCGAAGGCAGAGGGCACCUCUGAGAGCGAAGAGUCCGAAUACUUCCCCACGGAGGAGGAGCAGGAGGAGGCAGAGGGGGCUGAGCUGACCGGAGAAGGCCCUGACUCCGUGCUGAAACCCGUGCUCAAGCACCGGAAGCGGCAGAAAAAAGUCACGGUGCAGGAGAUGGGGGAUGACUUUUUUCCAAGUUCUGGGGAAGAAGCAGAAGCCACCUGUGGAGGAGGAGGUCGGAAAGUAGUGAGAUGCCGAGAUGAUGGAGAUGAAGAUUAUUAUAAGCAGCGGCUAAGGAGAUGGAAUAAGCUGAGGCUGCGGGACAAAGAGAAGUGCCUGAAGCUUGAAGGCGAUUCUGAGGAGAGCGAUGCUGAGUUUGACGAUUUUAAAAUCCCGGGUUUUCUGUUCAAAAAGCUUUUUAAGUACCAGCAGACAGGUGUUAGGUGGCUGUGGGAAUUGCACUGCCAGCAGGCAGGAGGAAUUCUGGGAGAUGAAAUGGGAUUGGGCAAGACCAUCCAGAUAAUUGCCUUCUUGGCAGGUCUGAGCUACAGCAAGAUCAGGACUCGUGGUUCAAAUUACAGGUUCAAGGGGUUGGGUCCGACUAUAAUUGUCUGUCCAACGACAGUGAUGCAUCAGUGGGUGAAGGAAUUUCACACGUGGUGGCCUCCGUUCAGAGUGGCAAUUCUGCAUGAAACUGGCUCCUACACUCACAAAAAGGAGAAACUAAUUCGAGAUAUUGCUCAUUGUCAUGGCAUUUUGAUCACUUCUUACUCCUACAUUCGGCUGAUGCAAGAUGACAUUAGCAGGCAUGACUGGCACUAUGUGAUAUUGGAUGAGGGGCACAAAAUUCGAAAUCCAAAUGCUGCUGUCACCCUUGCUUGCAAACAGUUCCGCACCCCUCAUCGCAUCAUCUUGUCCGGCUCACCGAUGCAAAAUAACCUCCGGGAGCUGUGGUCGCUCUUUGACUUCAUCUUCCCAGGAAAGUUAGGCACGUUGCCUGUGUUCAUGGAGCAGUUCUCGGUUCCUAUCACCAUGGGGGGAUAUUCAAAUGCCUCCCCAGUACAGGUUAAAACUGCUUAUAAAUGUGCAUGUGUCUUACGAGAUACCAUAAAUCCAUACCUACUGCGGAGAAUGAAGUCAGAUGUCAAAAUGAGCCUUUCUUUGCCAGAUAAAAAUGAACAGGUCCUAUUUUGCCGUCUUACAGAGGAGCAACUUAAAGUCUACCAAAAUUUUAUUGAUUCCAAAGAAGUUUACAGAAUUCUUAAUGGAGAUAUGCAGAUUUUCUCUGGACUUGUAGCCCUAAGAAAAAUCUGCAACCACCCUGAUCUCUUUUCUGGAGGCCCCAAGAAUCUCAGAGGUAUUCCAGAUGAUGAACUAGAAGAAGAUCAGUUUGGAUACUGGAAACGUUCUGGGAAAAUGAUAGUAGUUGAGUCCUUGUUGAAAAUAUGGCACAAACAAGGUCAACGAGUAUUGCUCUUUUCGCAGUCAAGACAAAUGUUGGACAUACUUGAAGUAUUCCUUAGAGCCCAAAAGUAUUCUUACCUCAAGAUGGAUGGUACCACUGCAAUAGCUUCAAGACAACCACUGAUUACAAGAUAUAACGAGGACACAUCUAUAUUUGUGUUUCUUCUGACCACUCGGGUGGGUGGCAUAGGAGUCAACCUGACGGGGGCAAACAGAGUCAUCAUCUAUGAUCCCGACUGGAACCCAAGUACAGACACACAGGCCCGGGAGCGAGCCUGGAGGAUCGGCCAGAAGAAGCAAGUGACGGUGUACAGGCUGCUGACUGCAGGCACCAUCGAAGAAAAGAUUUACCACCGACAAAUUUUCAAGCAGUUUUUGACAAAUAGAGUGCUGAAAGAUCCGAAGCAAAGGCGAUUUUUCAAGUCCAACGAUCUUUAUGAGCUGUUCACUCUGACAAGCCCCGAUGCAUCCCAGAGCACUGAAACAAGUGCUAUUUUUGCAGGAACUGGUUCAGAUGUUCAGACUCCCAAACGCCUUUUAAAAAGAAAACUUCUGCCAGCCUUUGGAACAGACCCUAAUGUUUCAAUGUGCAAAAAGUGCCCUGAUUCUAACGCAUCUGCAAAUGAUGCCACAUCAUCUGAAGAGAAGUCUACAGCAACAGGAGCUGAAGUAAAUGCAGUAACAUCUGAUCAAGUAACAUCUGAUCCUUUGAAAGAUGCCCCUCGAACGCCUAGAGAUCUGACUGGUGGUGAUGGGCCUGGAGAAGAGACGAGUGCAGUGUCUAGACCAGAGGAGUCAUCAGUGAUUAGUGGACAUGGGGAAUGUUCAGAUUCUCCAGGAAUCAGCAAAAUGGAUGGACUGUCUAGUGAAGAAAGCAUCCAUGAAAAACACGGUCUUUCUGACAAAAGAGAAAGCUGCCAGGCUCCAACAGACCCUCUUCGGGAGAAUAAGCAAACGGAAAAUAAUUUUUAUAAGCACAAGUCUAAAACAAAACAUAGUGCACCAGAAGAAGAGACCCUGGAGCACCAUCGCAGGCUGAAGCAAAAGCCUAAGGACUCUAAGCAUCGCAGAGAUGCCAAGUUUGAAGGAACUCGAAUUCCACACCUAGUGAAGAAAAGGCGGUACCAGAAGCAAGACAGUGAAAAUGAGAAUGAGGCCAGCCCACAGAGCAAUGACGAUUAUGUCUUGGAAAAGCUUUUCAAAAAGUCAGUUGGUGUGCACAGUGUCAUGAAACAUGAUGCCAUCAUAGAUGGGGCCAAUCCAGAUUAUGUGCUGGUGGAGGCAGAGGCCAACCGAGUGGCCCAGGACGCCCUGAAAGCGCUGAGGCUCUCUCGUCAACGGUGUCUGGGAGCAGUGUCCGGUGUUCCCACCUGGACAGGCCAUCGGGGGGUUUCUGGUGCACCAGCAGGAGUAAAGAGUAGAUUUGGUCAGAAAAGGAAUUCCAACUUCUCUCUGCAGCAUCCUUCUUCAACAUCUUCAAAGGAGAAAUGCCAGGACGGCGUCACGAGAAAGGAUGGAAAGGAUAAUGCUUCUGAGCACUUCAGUGGAAAAGUGGAAGAUGCAGAGUUUUCACCCGGGGCCCUCCCUUCGUCUUCACUGUUGGCUAAAAUGAGAGCUAGGAACCACCUGAUUCUGCCAGAGCGACUGGAAAGUGACAGUGCGCACCAAGAGGCAUCUGCUCCGCCAUCUGCCACCACGGAACACGAUGAUCUGCUGGUGGAAAUGAGAAACUUCAUUGCUUUUCAGGCCCGUGUUGAUGGCCAGGCCAGCACUCGGGAGAUCCUGCAGGAGUUCGAGUGCAAGUUAUCAGCCUCACAGUCUUGUGUCUUUCGAGAACUAUUGAGAAAUCUGUGCACUUUUCAUAGGACUUCUAGUGGUGAAGGAAUUUGGAAACUCAAGCCAGAAUACUGCUGACAUUACUUUCUAAACUUUCAGUUGACUUUUCCUAAUGGAAAUUUCUGGUUAUUAAUCCUAUAACUAAUAAUCAUGUUUGUCAACAGAAGUUGGCUGCAUUUGAUGUUUACUUUGAAUGAUAUCUACCUCAUAAUUUAAAAUUUCAAGGAAGAAGACAUUCAUCUCCAAAACUUAAAAGUUUUAAAAAUACUUGGGUUGAUAUUUUCAUUUUGGCACUAUGAAUUAUGUUAUAAAAUCAGGGACUGAGUUAAUCUUUGGAUCGCAUUUGUUCCUCUACCCAAAAGAUGCUGUCGGGGAGCACAUUACUGCUCGUUUAGAUGUUUGUAGACCAGAAAUCUCAAGAAUUCUUUUAUUGGUGCUAAAAACAUGUCUUAUAUUCAUUCAGACCUGUUCAAUAAAUUAGUUCAUCAAUAUCUGGUAACAGAUACUUAUUUUGGGGGCAUAGGUUUUAAACAUUUAAACUUAUUUGUUACCCAUGAAAAAUGAGAUUUGGUGUCUUAUGAAUAUAUCUGUCUCAUAGUCUUCCUUUUAAGAUACUGUUAAAUCAGCAGGCAUUUUCAUUAGUAAAGCAUGAAAUAGCUUGGUAAUAAAUAAGACCUAUACUUGCAGAAGGUUGUAGUGUUACUAAGCUUAUGUUGGCUUUACUUUAAGCCAAGUGCAUCUUCUUCCCCCCUAUGGGGACUGUCUUUUAGGAAUAUAAAAUGUGUUAUCUUAAAAAAAUACACAAAACUUUAAGCAGAACCAAAAGUAAGUACAAAUGAAACCACCAACAUACACGUGCACGCAAAUGUCAUUCCAGACCACAGCCGAUAUACCAUGAUUACUGUGUAGUGACCACCGUGGCGGACUGCUCCCUCUGUUCACAUGCCGAGCGGUAACUUGGAGCAUUUUUUAUUUUAUUUGUUGUUUGCUUUCUGAGGAUGCUGAUUACUUUGUGUUAGGCACCGUCGUUCCCCUUGUGUGUUAUCUUCUGUCCAGCGGUUUUCAUCUGUCUUUGUGCUUUGCAUUUGCUGUGACUCUCCUGCUCCAGAGGUUUGCUUUGUAGCUGUUUCCUGGCCGUUGUGAUGGUGUUGUUCUGAUCCUCUGUUUUCUUAGCCUUGAUUUUCUCGUUUCCUGCCCUUUGUUUUAUCAUCUCAGCUCUGAAAUCUUGUUUUCUUAAGUUCGUUGUAUUGCUUGCAUUUCUUCUAGAGCGGUCACAGUGCAGUUUGUUUCUUGGAUUUGUUUUCUCUGGCCUGCUAUAUUUCCUGUCUGCCUUUUCUGUAUCAGGCUUGCCUUCCUCUAUGCCAUUUCUUUACAUCUUGCUUCUGCUGCAAGAGAGCCGCUCUGCCCAUAUCUGUAUGUUCUUCCCUGUGACGCAGAGGGAAGGGAAAGGACUUGGGUUGGGGGUCCGGGAGAGCCUCUGCUGGGCACCACACAGCCCUGGUUGGAGGAUUUGCAUUUUACCUCUCUGGUCUGAGGUUCUGUUUGAUAGCCUGGGCCCAGGCAUCCCUACCCGUAGACAGGAGAUGGCAGAGAGUCAUUCCCGCUAGGAUUUUCUGCUUUUUAAAAAAAAAAAAAAUCUGUCUUAUUCAUCUUAUUCUGUUUUUAGAGUGAUUUAUAUGUUAGAGGAAGAAGAUGCUAUUAUUUUCUUUAGUCUGCUGUCUUCAUCUAGAAGUCAUAGAUGGGAUUUUUAAACAGCUCAAUAAAUCCUGAACUUGAGAAUUGGGCUCAGAAGGGAGUUAAAACUCCCUGGGAAGUUCAGGGAAGAACUGGGAAGUUCUUUUUUUUUAUUUAAUUUUGUAAUAAUCAGCCUAUAAGAAAACUACUUCCCCCUUGUUCUUUGAAUUUAGUUCAUUCUAUCUUUCUUGUCUGAGAUCUGAACUCUGCUGAGCAAGAGAAGUUGCAGCCUUCUUGUCAAGUAGAAAAUGCUAUCAAAAGGGAUGAUGCAGUCAAAGCAGGGUGGUCCUCACUCCAGUUCUUGUCUCAGCACUACCACUGGUAUGCUGGGACCUCGGGCAGGUCGCUGCUCUGCCUGUGUCUCAGUGUGACAUCUAUGAACACUGUCACCAUGCCUCCCAGGUGGACAGGCUUAGAGGACGAUGCUCUAAGUGUCAUGAUUUUAAUAAUAGUAACUUAUUCAUUUAGAUAAAAUCUACUUUUUGGAACUUUAAAGGCUUUGUACAAUGUAGAUAGGUUUAAUGUAUUUAACAUGUUAUAUUGGUAUCAAGCUAUAAAAUUUUCUGUAAUUUUAAAACUUCCUUAAUUUAUACAUGAAUAUACUAUCACUGUGUAAAAAAUUUCAGGCAAUACUUUGUCUCCUCACUGUUCUUGCUCCUGUCCCAGAGAUAAGUACUGUAUGUCGUGUGUAUUCUUCCAGACUGUGUCCCAGGCAUUUAUAAAUACCCAUGGCAGAGACUGCUGCUCUCAUGUGCGUUUUCCCCUUUUCCUUUACUGACAAGAUUUCCUGAGUUUUACCUGGGUACGUGACUACUCAGCUGCAGACUUGACUUCCCGGCCUCCCUUAUAGUUAAGUGUGGGCCUGUGACUGGGCAAUGGGAUAUGAGCAGAACUUCCAGAUCGGGCCCUUAAAUAAGGGACUGGUGUACACUCUUCUUGCCGAGACGUCCGGGGGACCUUAAGCAGUGACAUGGGAUCGACAUAGGUCGUGUGUUGAGGCUGGAAAAGCUGGCCUGCCAGCCUUGAACUGCUUUCUUUUUACCUGUUCCUUAAGAAUAAAAUAAAUUCCUGAUUUAA